CAAAACAGCACAACGCAAGGGAUACCGCCAUCAUGGUGAGUCGGACUCGGCCUUGCACUGAAAGGGUGAUGGAAGGAGGAGCAGAUGCAGGGAAAGCGGGCGGAAGAACUGGAUUAGCAGAGCGUGAGGGAGAGCGCGAGGGAUUUCAACAAUUAGGAAACGUCGUCAAGCAUUGGCGCGUGGGGUCGUUCGGAAAGAUAGGCAAGAAGGAGAACGAGUGGUGUGCUGGGGAAGUAUUGUCGAAAACGGAUACUGGUUAUGAAGGACGGAUGGCCAGAGGAGGACUGUUGCUAGAAGUGGAUGGUGGUGAGGAGUUUCAAACGGAAUGUAUGCUGACCAUCGCUUGUUCUUCUUCCCUUGUCGAUUCUGGACAUUAAUCUAGCCUCCCCCUAAAGCCAAACACUCCAAAAUGGUGACGCUUGUUCACUACAGGCUCAAGGUCACCCUGAAUGAUGGCCGAUCUCUCGUUGGACAGAUGUUGGCGUACGACAAGCACAUGAACUUUGUGCUGGCCGAGUGUGAAGAGUUCCGAACCGUCAAGAGCAAGAAGAAGACCGGUACCAACGAACCUGCUCCUCCCACUCAACAAAAACGAACGCUUGGUCUCGUCAUCCUCCGUGGCGAAACAAUUGUCUCUGUCUCUGUCGAAGGCCCUCCCCCUGUCCAAAAGGACGAACCGUCUCUUGCCCCCGGUCCUGGUCAAGGAGCUGCCGCCGGUCGUGGUAUGCCGUUGGGGGCUGGCGCCCCUGGAGCGAUGGGCGCGAGGCCGAUGGCGUAUGCUAGGCCACCACCCGGGUUCCCUGGAGCGCCGGGAUUGCCCCCUGGAAUGCCUCCUGGUUUCCCUCCGGCGGGUGUUCUGCCGCCUGGGAUGCCGCCUGGAUUCAGGCCACCUGGGUUCCCUGGGGCGCCUGCUGGUAUGCCGCCUGGAUUCCCUCCUGGCUUCCGUCCCCCACAAUAGGCGUGGCGGGGGAAGAGAGAAGAGUGUCGCGGAGGCGGCGGGGCUCUGUGAGUCGAGAGGGGGCGAAGGGAGGAGCGGGGUGUUUCCUUUUAUAUUCGUUGUGACUCUAAACCUUGUUCGAUCAAAUGCAUUAUCCAUAGAAAGCGU